GGUCGGGUCUCGAUUAGGGUAUUUAUUCGUGUUAUUGAGGGCAGAAAAGGUGAAUUUUUUCGCCCCGUCCAGUUCCGCUAGCCGUUCGAAGCCUUAUCGAGGGAUCUCCAUCUUGGUUUUUAUCGAGGAUCUCUGUCUUGGUUUAUGAGCUCGAAGGAGAAACCCACUCUAGGUGGCACGCGGAUAAAGACCCGCAAACGGAAUAUAGCUGCUCCUUUGGACCCUGCAGCUUUUGCAGAUGCAGUGGUCCAGAUAUAUCUGGAUAAUGCUGGUGAUCUGGAACUUGUUGUGAAGAAUAUUGAAUCUUCAGAACUUAACUUCUCAAGAUAUGGUGACACCUUUUUUGAGGUUAUCUUCACUGGUGGCCGGACACAACCAGGUACAAUAAAACCUGAUGAGGGAGAGAGACACCCUUACUCAGUUCUAGAUUGCCAGCCUAAACGUGAAGCCAUCUUGCCUUCGGUUCUGUACAUUCAGAAAAUUUUGCGGCGAAGGCCCUUUUUGAUUAAAAACCUUGAAAAUGUUAUGCAAAAGUUCCUUCAGUCCUUGGAACUUUUCGAGGAGAAUGAAAGACAGAAGCUUGCCAUAUUUACUGCUCUUGCAUUCUCUCAGAAAUUAUCAGGCCUUCCGCCUGAGACUGUCUUCCAAGCAUUGCUCAAGGAUAAUCUCGUUGCCAAGGGGCUAGUACUCUCCUUUGUUACUGUUUUCUUUAAGGAGUAUUUGGUAGAAAACAGUUUGGAUGAUCUCAUGCUGCUUUUGAAGCGAGGUAAAAUGGAGGACAAACUGCUUGAUUGUUUUCCCACUGCCAAGCGCUCUACUGAAUGCUUUUCUGAGCAUUUCACUAAAGAAGGAUUGUUAGCUCUUGUCGAGUAUAAUGAGAAGAAAAUUUUUGAAGUGAAACUUAAGGAAAUGAAAACAACACUAACAACCCAGAUUGCAGAAGAAACAGAUAUCUCUGAUGUCAUACAAACUGCAAAACAGCAUGUAAAGGACGCUAAAUUACCCGACGUUGAAGUUGUACGCAUUUUGUGGGAUAUGCUAAUGGAUACUUUUCAAUGGUCUGGUAAAAACCAGCAGCAGAAUGCAAAUUCUAUACUUCGUCAGGUAGUGUUUUUUGUGUUAUUUAUUUAUGAGCUUUGAUCAUCUUAACUGUUU